AUGACAUCUGCCGUCGUAUUUGGCUUGUCCUCGUUUCCUUUAAUCGGGGUUUCGACUCUGCCCGUACACGAGUACGACCUCUAUGACGACGACAACGAAAUGGAUAACGUCCAGUUACAACAGCUCCGGCGACGACCUUCAGAAUCCCAACAGUCAUUAUCUCCCGCAGUUGAGAAUGAAACGACGCGACCGAACCGAUCCCCGUUAACUCGUGCUAAGCCCGAGUUGCCCAAACCCAUCCACGACAUCCGCGAUGAAUUGAACAGUCCGGGAAGCGACUCACAUAAUACCCUCCAAUUUGCUUCGAUCAAGGGGAACCACGAACUCACCUUGGACCUCGAUUACGAUGCAAUUGGUGCUCUUAGCUACCACCAGGCCCCACCUCAGCAGCGCGGUAAUUCGAAGGCAUCACGGCUGCUGGGGACAACUAGCGAUGACGAAUUCGUGCGGCCAAGACAUGUCAAUGGUUUCUGGAGUGGCGAAGAGUCCAGUGGUGAAGGCGGAAGACUCAAAAAGAAAUCGAGAGCGAGGAGGUCUUCAGGUCUUCGCCUGAAACAAAGCGGAACCCCCAGUCCUUUGGCUUCUCGUUGGUGGGGUGACCAAGGCUACAGUUCUUGUGAAGAUAUCAACAAGUUUUCACCAACCAAGAGCCGACAUACCGAUCCUUCUUCGCCUGUGUCCGCGGUCAUCCCCAACCUUGAACGUCAACCCCCUCGCGUUCACGCCCUGGACGCCCUGGCCCCUAACCACAGCAGCAUCAAGAGGUCGCGUUCAGCCCUCGUAGUACCAUCAGCAUCGUCGCCGCAAUCUUGCUCGUCGCUUUCGUUUGGCACUCCCUUUGGCCCAGUACACUCCGUGUUCCCAAGCCCGAUCGACGAUACAUCCUCUCCCACUUCCAUUCAACCUCUCAUCUCCGCCAGGACCAGCUCAAAAACAGGCCAUGCAUUAGCGUCGCUAUCCAGUCGCCCAUCCAGACCUGGCGAACGUGGUUCCAAGGACAAACGGAGACGCACCGCCUUGUUGUGGGUGAAGGAACAUGCUGGACUGAUGUCAACCAAGUUGUCGCCGGACUCUGCCCCAACCUCGCCUCGAGCUGACUCAUUUGUCCCCAAGUCGCAAAUUAUCGCCUCGCCGCAACACGGCGCAAGCAAGAGCGAAGGAGGCAACUCUAGGAAGACGGUGUUAGGGAUGGACCCGAAGCUUAACAGCUCUCUUCCAAGUGCGUUAAGUCAAAGCUCGAGUCUAUCGAACGGUUACCCACCUCUGCCGUCUGCUGGCCACUCCCCCUCUUUUGUUGGUCUCGAGCGAUUUGGUGUUCCGUGCAGAAGCGAUCCUGGUCACGACACACAUGAAGAUAUGGGUGGCUUCAAACGUUCUAUGGACACCUAUUACUGCAGUCAGGGCCAUGGCUCCCUUGAAAACACCGACAAUUCCCCCUCUUACCACAGUCUCAAGACUGCUCCGGACUAUAUGGAUAUCCCUCCACACCCACGUCACGGUACAAACAACAAUGCCGGUGGGAUAAACUCAAGGGGCCCUUCCAAGUCUGAGAAGGGGUUGUUUAGCUUGAGCGGCCUGAAACGUUCAGUGUCGAAGAGGAAGUUGGGCUCGGGAUGGCUGGAGGAAAAGAAGCCCAGGAAUCGACUGAGGGGAAAGUCAAUUAGCGAAACAGCCUCCACCAACAAUAGAAAGUCGCAUGAAAGUGCGGCUUCUCGACCUCGGAUACACAGUGGCGGGAACAAGACACGACAUCGGAGAUCGUAUAGCUUGACCAUGGAGCGACCUGUUUUCGACGAGAACGGGCGCCCUAUGGCCAGCCGUAGCUUCGCUGCGGAUGGGUUUGAACAAGACGUUGCGGGGGCUUCCGUGUAUCCCAAGGACGACCCGAGCAGUCGCAAGAUCUGGAAGCUAGUCAAGAAGAUGGGAAGUAGUACUGCAGUGCGCGACGACAAACCCAACGAUGACAUCCCUCCUGUCCCGUCGAUCCCGCCACUCCCCUCCAAGGUCAAUAACUCUGAAGGUUUACCCUGGCUUGCUUCCAGCCCGAGAGGUCCUGCCGACGUGGACGAUUUGGACUCUUCGUCGACUACCCCAUCAAAGCCUACGUCCUCAAGUCACUUGAAGUCCAGCACAACGGUGUCGGUGGACAGCAUUCCCAGGACAACUACCCCUGCCUCCUCAGAGCAUUACUCGUCGAAAUCCGCACUGUAUCAAACGCAUUCGAGACGUUCACCGUCCUCUUCUCUGGUUGAGAAAAAGACACCACUUCCUCCCCUUCCCCAAUCUUCUAAAGUGCGGCGUAUGAUGGCAUCCCCGAUCGACCGAGGUCAUCUGAGUGACAGUGGAUACAAUCCUCAAGGAACCAGAGCAGCAACGGGCACGAGAAUGGCUGACACGAGGAGGUUUACCGCUGUAGAAGAGGGUGAUCUAGCAUUGCAGUCACCCUCGCUUGCUUUCCCUUCCCUUCCGACUCCCCCUCGGCGUCCUAAACCGAUGGUCUCGACUGUGCCGGAUGACGAUGAUCUCAAUCCAAACCGAAGUUUGUUUAAACCAGAUGACCUGGUCGACAAGGAUGAUUUCGACAACUUUGAUGCCGCUAGCAUCCCAGAGUUCACCGUCGACAAUGCCAUCAACACAUUCAAACCUAGGACGGUACCUCGGGACACUAUACGACCUUCAGGAGAUGGACUGUUACUUCCUGAAGCAACCCCGCCCCCUCCUGUUAUUCCAAUGGCCUCCAAAUCGGGGUCCCUCCCGCCCCCUCCUCGGCCUGCUCGCAAUUCCCGAAGACCAUCUGCACUGCCUAUUCCACCGGUAGCCAAUGACCACCCCUGCAAUAUGCCGGAUGAAUUAAAAUCGCACAAGUCCAACAAAAACUCGGGGAAAACGAAAGUGGACGAUUACGAUAGCUACGGUCCUCGACCUCUUACCAGUUCCUUCGGACCUUCGCCACUACUGAUGACCUUCCGUGAGUCUCAACCACGCCUUCCUUCACCCCACGAAGGGUCAACUCCAGACCUCCCGCCGACCAAGCUCCUGACGGAGGAGGAGAAGGCUGCCAAAUGGGAUGCGCUGUUGGAAAGGAGCGCGAUGGCUGCCAGUGGAACUUUGCACCUGACGCUGAGGGGAGACGACUUGGUGGCCACCAACGACCUUUAA